AGCAGUUUAGUGGAUAAACUCAUAUAUGCUCUAUUGCAGUUAUGAACUUGGGGAAGAGGAGGAAGAGCAAAUUGCUUGUUUAGCUGAGGAUGGUAAUAUUUAUAACGAGUUGGAACAGUCAUUAGCACCUGAAAUUUAUGGACAUGAAGAUAUUAAAAAAGCUCUGCUUCUUCUUCUUGUGGGUGCUCCUCACCGGAAACUAAAGGAUGGGAUGAAGAUUAGAGGAGAUCUACAUGUAUGUUUGAUGGGUGAUCCUGGGGUUGCCAAAAGUCAACUUCUCAAGCACAUAAUAAAUGUGGCACCUAGAGGGGUGUAUACCAGUGGCAAAGGAAGCAGUGGAGUUGGUUUAACAGCGGCUGUUCAAAAAGAUCCAGUAACAAAUGAAAUGGUCUUGGAAGGGGGAGCAUUGGUAUUGGCAGAUAUGGUUAUAUGUGCUAUUGAUGAGUUUGACAAGAUGGACGAAUCUGAUUGAACAGCAAUACAUGAGGUUAUGGAGCAGCAGACUGUCAGUAUUGCUAAGGCUGGAAUCACCACAUCUCUUAAUGCAAGAACCGCAAUUCUUGCUGCUGCAAAUCCUGCCUGGGGAAGAUAUGACCUACGUAGAACCCCGGAUGAAAAUAUCAAUCUCCCUCCAGCCCUUCUAUCAAGAUUUGAUCUUCUGUGGCUGAUCCUAGAUCGAGCAGAUAUGGAUAGUGACCAGUACUUAUAGUCUUUUAUACUAGUAAUCAUCACAUGAAUGUUGAUCCGCCAAAGAAAGAGUUUAUACUAUUUGAGCAUCUAUAAGCUUAAAAUAAUUGUAUCUACAUCACCGAAAGUUAAGAAAGACCAAAAUUUUGACACGUAACAAUCCUCGCCCACUAUGAGUCAAUCUUUACAGAAAAUCUAGCCUUGAGGAGGAUCCAAAUCCCCUCUCAUCACCACCAUUACCGUACUCGAGCUAUCAACUAGAAUUUUGGCAUUCUGCUUUUCUCUCUGUAUGCUAUUUCCAUUUCCCUUUUCAUCCUUCCUCUUGCCCGAGGAUGAGAUGAACGGAUGGAAGUUGCCAACGGAGGUGACUAGUGGUGAUUGUUUGUCUCUUCCCUUGCUCUCUUCUGUUUUUGACUUUUGGUUUUGGGUUUUGCUUUUGUAGAUCACUUUUCAUUUUCGAUCUGUUUUUUUUUUUUUUUGUAUUGAUCUGAUCUUUUAAUUUCUAAUUUAAGUGUAUGGUUUUUAUUGUAAUAACAUAAAAGAGAGAGAGAGAUAGAAUGGGUAAAUUACAUUAAAAAUUAAAAAAGUUA